UAUCAGCGGAGUAACGGUUUUGAACGUCUAGUGAGUGAGAGUGGAGCAGGAUACUGUCGGUAACUCCUAUUUUAUUACCGAAUGGAAUUGGACUGUGCGCGUUUGCUCAAGACGUCUACUGAUAACAGCAUCACUUACUGCAUAUGAGGUCUGAAUUUCAGUUCUAAAGUUAGCAGCUAAUGAGGUUGUUAGCUAAAUAUCAUGAUGAACUGUAUUAUAGCUUUCACAAUGGUCAGUUAACGUUAGAGCUAGCUGGAUAAACUUUCUGCCAAACCAUUAGCUAACUAGUCUACGGCAUGGAGGGAAAUGUGUGUGGUUUGGCAUGUUUCUACACGUCAAAAUGUAACGUUAACGUUACUUAAGCAGUCAUGAUUAACGUGGCUAACGACUCAGUGCAUAAGUUGGUGAGCUAGCCUGUUAACGAGCUAUAUCCAGCCAGUUAGCUUAAGUUAAGUUGUAAGGAAUGUUUUAGGGAAAUGUCGCAUACCGCAGUGCCUUUACUGAAGCAAACAGCUUUCUUGACGACUAAAAUAGCUUCCCAUAUCUUGGAAUAUUUUUCUCUGUAGCGAAGGAAAGAAUACAGUCCGUGGAAUAUUUUUGUUUCAGAGUUAGACCUAACAGUGAAAUCAUUGCGACGGGAAUAUGACAACAUAAUCGGUGUAGAGGAUACAUUAUCUGGCUACUCAUCUCGUGCAGCAGACGUGUUGCCAGGUUAAGCUGUCACAGGAAUGUGCUUUAGCCAUUUGCAUGUAAAUCAAUGAAAGUUACAGCCCUUGACUUGCUUGCAGCUGACAGACCGAUAAAUGGAACUUGCUUUUCGAAUACUCAAUGGAUGUUGUAUACAAUGUAACAAGUGCAUUUGACUAUUUGUAACAGUUCCUGAGUACCCGUGGCUCUUAGCGUCCAAAGAGAACAUGGAGUAGGCUAAGUGUCCAAAAUCCUUAACACAGGAAAUUAAGCAGGACUGUCAUUGACGCUAUUUUAAAUUGGAUGCAUUCAACUGGACCAGACUAAGCAGUGCUUCCUCGCCGAGAUGCCUUACACAAAUUUGAGGCUGAAUGUUUCCGAGUUGAAAUGAGAUAGCCAUAUGUCCUUGGCCAAGAUGGCUGUGAAUCUUGAACAGAGCCCCAGUCCUGUUGUAUCUUUAGCUCCUAAAUUAUGACUGGGCUUCCGUCAGAACAAUCAAUAAUGAUUUAUGGAUUAAUACCUCAGGAGUUACAUGAUCAGCUCCUGGACCAUGACAACUACCAGAACAGAACAAAUGGAGUGGAGGAACUCAAAAACAUUCUCUUUGAGUUGGACUUGAAGCCAGUUCCGUCUGACAGUAUUGUGGAAUUCAUUGGCUUUUUACGCAAGCUACUGGAUGACAGCAACUUCAAAGUCUUAUAUGGCACUUUACAGGUGAUAAACCUUCUAGUUCAGAAAUUAGACUAUAAUGUAGAGAAAUUUUGCAAACAGAUAGUUGUUGUUGCUCUCAAAACCCUGGGAGACACUCGUGCGGUCACCAGGAAUGAGUACAUGAACGUUUUUCGGCAGCUUAUGAGAAUUGUAGGCCCACAGAAGGUCCUGGACCUUGUGAUCGGACACCUCAGACACAAAAACUCAAGAGUGAGAGAAGAUGUUCUUAACAUCAUCACUGCGGCCAUGCUCACCCACCCAAGGAAAGACUUUAACAUUCCCAGCCUUUGUUUUGAAGUAGCCCCAUACUUGGCUGACAGCAAGAGGAAAGUGCGACAUGCGGCCCUGGAGCUCUUUGCUGUCUUUGACUACUGCCUUGACACUGGGAAAAAGCAGCCGCUGAUGAAAGCAAUUGACAGAGUGGAACUCACGGCAGAUGUAGAGGGUCUUAUGGCAGCUGUUCAGGCGAGAAAAGCCAGACACAUACUCCCUCGGCUUUCUGCUGAGGGCACAAUUGAAUAUGCCUUGGUCAUACCCAAACCUGGACAGAGACGCUCAACCCAGUUUGGCUCUGGGGCAGAUGUGGACUGGGUCCUUAAUGGUGGGAGAAGCAGCAGUGCCCGGAGUCAGAGGACUGAACCAGACACGGACCGGCUGUGCGGAUACGGGAGCCUUGGCUCCCUCACUGACGACUUCCCCCUGCAGAGGAGAAUCGUGAGCGCGGGCAAAGGGAAAAACAAGCUACCCUGGGAAAGGACCAGUUUGCCUUGUGCUCCGGACCCACGGCCCUCCAGUCCAUGCAAUGGAAAACCAUCUAGCCAGAUCAGCAGCAGUGAUGAUAUGCUCUCCUCCUAUUCCCCACACCGGGGGACGUGUGUCUCCAGCUUUGGAUCAGGAGAGUUGGCUCCAUCGUCGGGAAGAUGGGAGCGCUUGGGAAGGCUACGUCGGAGUGGGAGCCUGGAUUCUGACCCAGACAUAUUCAAGGCUGCCCUUUCCAGCAAUACUGAGAGAGUAUUUCCCAAACCGGGUCGCCUCCUCUCGGGCAACCCCAGCGUGGAGCGGACCUUCUCCCUGCCUUCCAACCCCACGCCCACUGGAACAUUCCUGCUGCCCUCCUACCCCCUGGCCUCCCUGCCAGGGGGUGUCCUGACCCCCACCCUGUCCCGCCGGCAUCGAGCCGACUCGUCCCUCUCCAUGUCCAACACCUGGCCCAACAAGAGAGAGGUCAGCCCCCACCGCCGGGACACCAGCCCCUGGAGAGACUCCACUGGUGAGGUGUUGUCCAGCAGGUGCUCCCCGCUGCCACUGCGAGCCUCUCUGGUCAGCUCAUCGUCCACCUCCUCCUUCCGCCAGGCCCUCAGCAGCUCCAGGCCCGUCUCCUCGGUGUCCCCCGUCUCGCCCGUCACCCCCACCGGCAUGGUGAUCGCGCUGCCUGACCGAGGCAUCGCCUCCAAUGGCCGGGGAAGCAGCCGGCAGGAGCAGCAGCCCCACGGGGAGAGGGACCUCCAUCUGCACCUGGCCAACCUUGGCAUGCAAGACCAGGAGGACGAACCCCUCAACCGUGAGGAGAUGCUGAACUCCCUGCGCUCCCUGCGCAACAGUGCUGCUAAGAAGCGGGCCAAGGUGAGCCAGAGUGGCUCAGAACAGGACCCGGACAGCCCGGACUCUGCAGUCCGGCUUGAGACAGCCCUGGACUCGCCCUCACACACAUCCCCCUCCAUCACCUCCCCGCUGAGUGAGAGUGGCCUGUCCAGCCUCUGCUCUCCCCCUACGCCCACACUCAAUGGCUCCCAGACUAGCCCAGGAAACUCCGCCACAAAGACUCGCCCUCCGCGCGUGUCCUCUGCUAAACAGAGAGCUGCCGUUCCCAUGGAGUUUACCUCUCUACAAGCUGUGCUGCCUAAAGAUAAUAAAGGCCCCUCAGAGGUGAGUGUGGUUGGCCAGAGACUGACCUAUCACAACGGGCCAGUGGAGUCCGAUGAGGAUUGGAGCAGGGAGAUGUCUCCACUCACUAGCAGACCCGCAGGACGAGAGCCCAUCAGAGCUCUCAGGCCAGCUAAAGGCCAACCGAUGCUCAGUAGCUCCAGCAGGACCUCUCCUGCAGGUGACAUGUCUGAAGGUGUGGUCGGCAGAGGAGUGUUUGGGCCAGUUCCUCCGUCCAGUGGCUUGGGUGUGCCUUCCUCGUCCUCUGAGCAGGGCGACUCCACAGGCCGUGUGUCCUGUGAUCCUCCGGUGGGCGUGUACGGGCACGCAGUACCGGGAAGUCAGCAGGACUCGGAGACCAAUGCAGACUCGGAAGAUGCAAUGGAGAGAGUGAAACUGUCCAAACUGGCACGGGACAAGAUGCGGCAGCAUCGCCUGGAUCAGCAGGAUGGUCCCCAGCCUCCAGCAGACAGACAGAGAACGGAGAGGAUAAGGCGCUCCAGAAAUAUCAUGACCGAGAGCAGCACAGAAGAUUCUGGAAACCUGCAAGACUUCCAGCUGAAUGGCAGUAUGGUGGUGUCCGCAAAGUCUGACUCCCCAGGGGAUGACACCACCCCCAGCCCCACCAGUCCUCCAGGACCCCAGAGUCCCAUCAAGUGCUUGAGCCCCCCUCACCAGCCCAGCCCCCCGACGGUGCCCCCCACCUCCAGGAGCACGCUGCCCCGACGGAGGAGAGCACCCAGCCUCACCAGGGCCAGGCCAUUACUCUCCCAGAGCACAGAUGACUUGGCUCCUGGCCAGAAGAAGGAUCCACAGGAGCAGUCAGAGCUCAGGCCCUUCUCCAAGCCGGAGCUGGCUCUCACUCAGAGCUUCAAGCUACUCAACUCCGACGACUGGGAGAAGAAGAUUGAGGGUCUGACGUUCCUACGCUGCCUGUCCCAGUACCACUCUGACGUGCUCUCCAACAGACUUCAUGACGUGUGCCUCGCCCUCAUCUCAGAGGUCAGGAACCUGCGGUCGGGCGUGUCUCGUGUUGCUGUGGUAACUGUGGGGGAGCUGUUUGCAAAGCUCCAACGGGGGAUGGACCAGGAGUUGGAUGUGGUUGCCCGGGCGCUGCUCCACAAAGCUGGCGAAUCAAAUGCCUUCAUCCGACAGGAUGUGGAUGCAGCACUGGACAGCAUGGUGCAGCACUGCACGCCGACGCGCACCAUGAGCGCCCUGCUCACUGGAGGACUCAGUCACUUAAAUUCAGUUGUGAGGAAAUGCAUGGCCCAGCACAUGGCCACCCUGGUGGAGAAGAUUGGAGCCAGCCGUGCCCUGUCUGGUGGAAAAGACCUGACUGACCGCAUCCUUCCUGCCGUCACCAGGCUGGCACAGGAUUCGUCCCAGGAAGCCAGGUACUUUGGUCGUCGGAUGCUGCUGUUUCUGUCUUCACACCGGGACUUUGACAAAAUGCUGGAGAAAUAUAUCCCAAGCAAGGACCUGGCCACUGUCAGGGAUACGGUCUUCACUCUGAAAACCAAGGGUCUGGGGGAAAUGCCACAGGACACUCCCUCAGCACGAGGCCGACGCUCUCUCCCAGGAAGUGGUACGAUCCGAGCCUCAUCUUUGACCAGAGAGCCUCUGUCCAGCAGCAAAGACUAUGGGCAGUAUAGUGGCAAAGGCCAGGCCCACAGCAUUGCAGACAAGACCGAGUACAUCAAACAGAUCACUGGCCUGAUGAACUCUAAGGACUUCCGUGAGCGCAUCAAGGGCAUUGAUCAGCUAGUGGGAGACUGUGAAUAUACACCAAACCUGGUCAUUGGAAGCAUGUUUCAGGUAUUUGAUGCCUUCAAGGCACGACUCCAAGAGUCCAACAGCAAAGUCAAUUUGUACGCUCUCGAGGCCUUGCCCAGGAUCAUCACUCAGCUGAAGGACAAUUUGGCUCAAGUGGUUUACAUUUUGGUCCCUGCCAUUGUUGACAAUCACCUCAACUCUAAGAACAACGCCAUCUACAGUGCUGCUAUCAGUGCCAUUGAUGAACUUAUUCAAAACCUUGACAACUCACUCCUUCUUCAACCAUUCUGCACUAAGGCCCAGUAUCUCAGUGGAAAGGCUAGAGUUGACCUUAUCGAGAAGGUGGCAGAUCUGGUGAGGGAGCUGUACCCACGCAAGCCUCAGAUGGUGGAGCAGAAAGUGCUGCCACUGCUCUGGCACCUCCUGGGUGCCUCCACCAACAGUGGCACCGUCCAUGGGCGGGGUGGCAGUGUGCGGGCAGCCACUGGCACCCUGUGCCAGGCCCUGUACGACCACAUGGGACCCGCACUGGCCGAGUGUGCGGUCUCACAGCCCACCAGCACCCACAAGAGCUUGAAUGAGCUCCUGAACACCCUGAACGCACCCAACUGAGCCAGUCCUUAGCAGUCUCGCUGGAGAAAUCCACAUAAUACUAAUACCAAACGUAAAACCUACCAGAGAGUGGUGGAGAAACACAGACAGACACAAAUGCUGAUGUUACUUGAAGACAGAUGUUCUUGAAUUUUCACAGUGCCUGCACUUUUAUUUAGAUCACCCCCUUGGUUUUCUAACAUGACAAUAACAACAAUAAUUAUUCUCAUGAAUAAACACUUUUAAAAUGCUUGAUAGUGGUAGUGGCCCUGAAGUCAGAUAUUCCACAGAGAUAACAUUCACCAAUAGGAGUUCAUCAGGUUGCAAACCUCUUACCAUUUUACUCUUUUUGCACUUUGAACAAGUAGGACUUAUCAUGGUAAUUGUUGUCAUGAACUUUAUUAGAGAUCAACAUUGUUAUAUGAUUGUCAGUGGUGUUUUCUUGUGAAUUUUUCAGAUGUUGAGAUAAACUCGAAACACUUUUUGGCAGAAUGUACCAUUUUCAAAUGCACAAAGAAACAGGGAUACAAGGAUGUAUAUUUUUGAUGUUGAAAUUGUAAUGUGUGAUAUUUCUAAGAGGUGUCUUAUACAGUUGUUAUAAAGAUUUGUGAUCGUCAGAAUAUGUGAUGAUUGCAGUGAAAAAAAGAGACUUCUGUACUGUAAAGCUCAUAUGUGUAAUAGCCCAGUAUUAGUUUAAUCUGUCCAAUGUUGCAGUACAUAAUUUAUGUUGUGCUUAUCUCAAUGGCUCUUUCAUUUCCAGUUAAGAUAUUGCGUGAGAAUUUUGUCUUUUGCAUGACCAAAUGAAUAUAUUGACAGGGGGUGAAAAAAGCAACAAAAAAGAAAACUAUAUUUGUAUUUUGUUAAGGAUAUAUUUUAAUGUACACAGAUGCCUAAAUCAGCUGUGGGUGUUAAAGGCUUGUAUUUUUGGUGGUCCUAACAUUAAGAUUAUCUUUAAUGAUUUAUACAGACACUUUAUGCCCAGAUCUGUAAUUCUCUGUCAGCAUAGUGCCAGUCUUAUAGCCUUAGAAUUGUUAAAUUAUAUGGAACUUGUCAAGUGUAAGAGAAUAAUCUAUAAUUAAAUUGUUUUAUUUCU